AUGCCAACUUAUAGUAUACUAGAAAGCCAAAACGAAAAUAUUUCUGAACUCAUUUCGGAUCUUUCAUUUUCUACAUUAAAUCGUUUAAAUGGUGAAGGAGCUGGUGAAAUGGAGUUGGAACUUAGAGAAGAAAUUGAGGAGAUGGAAUUGAAACUUGAAGAUGAAAUUGAGAAGAUGGAGUUGGAACUUGGAGAAGAAGCUGAUGAACAGCAAUUAAUGUCUUAUACAACAAUAAACUCUUUAGAUGAGACUUCUGAUAUUUUAGCGGAUAUAGAGUUUGAUGAAGAUUGUGAACUAGGAGAAGGAAGUAGCAAUGAUAGAUCUAUUCCUGAAAUCGCUAGUGUAUCAUGUUAUGAUGAAUUAAUGCAAGAAAUGUUCACAUUACGAGUUCAUAUAGUAUCAGUAUCUGGAGAUAUUCCUGCCCUAUCCAAAGUAAUGUGUGUAUCUGGUCACAAUGCCUAUAGUGGAUGUCGAUAUUGUUACUUUUCUGGAAUGUAUUCUGAAAAAUCAAGGCAUGUUUAUUUUCCGCUUUCACCACCACGAGGGUACAAAGAUAUUACAAAAACAGAAUGUAAAAGCAAAAAUGAUCGACAUAAAAUCGAACAUGAAACUGGAGUGAAUGGACAUAGCAUCUUAUUUGAAUUAAGUUCAAUUGACUUUCCAGCAUCAUUCCUAGUGGAUAUAAUGUAUGCUCUUUUUGAAAAUGUUGCGCAACAUAUGUUGUGCCAUUUCAUUGGUAAAUUUUACAAUAAUGAAAACCUUAAUAAUACUGAAUACAAAAUUUCAACACACAACUGGGAUAAGAUUAGAAAGAUAAUAGAGAAUAAUCGAAAAAUGAUGCUAUUAGAAUUCGGAAGACCACUAAUUAACAUCUGA